AUGUCCUUAACGUGUGUGCGGGUGUUUCUCCCCUUCCCUUUCCCCUUCCGUGCUAACUCCGCCACCACCACCUUCUCUUUUCUCUUCUACCCACUCUGCAAUAGUCCGUCUCCUCUCAUGGUGGAGCGGGUGCCGCCCUGCACACCGCCCUCGCCGGAGCCUCAGCCAGCCCCCAGUGCUCUCCUUGAUACUGUCCCCGUGCCGGCCGAUCCUAAUCCCGGUCCCGAUCCCGAUCCCAAUCCCUCGCGUCGCCUUGGCACCUACGUCGUCCGAGUGCCCAAGGACCAAGUCUACCGCGUUCCUCCGCCCGAGAACGCCAAACUAGCGGAACGGUACCGCAACCAAAACAGGAGCCGGCGGCGGGGGAGCCCCUGCCUUUCCCGCCUGAGAUGGAUCCUCGGUGUCGCCUUCCUCGUCUUAUUACUCAUCGUGGCUGUCACCGUCAUAUUCUUCGUCGUGGUAAGGCCUGGGGCUCCGACGUUCACAGUCCAGCGUCUCUUCGUCAAGAGCCCCCGCAGCACCACGGAAGCGCACCCGAAGCCGGAGUAUGAUCUCACGAUGAGCGUCAGGAAUCCAAGUCGCGGGAUGGGUUUCUCCUACGAGGCCGGAGGGAGGGCGGUCAUCACCCACGGCACCGUGGAAAUCGCGGCGGGAACGACGCCGGUGUUCGUCCAAGGCCACGGCAACACGACCUCCAUUCGGCUGGUUCUUCGUGGCUCCAAUGCCUUGCUGCCGAAAGAGAACGGCAGGAGCAUGAAGGGCUCGAAGAACGCCGUUGACAUUAGUCUAAUGGCUAAGCUCACGGUGAGGCCGAGGGUUGGGGGAUUGGAGAUGUGGGCUAAGAGUAUGGACGUAACUUGCGAUGUUCAAGUCAUUGGAAUGGUGAAGCAGGCACAGAUCUCCUCACAGCACUGCAACACAAAGCUUUAA